CAAAAAAAAAAAAAAAAACCUUGAAAAUCCGAAUUUCCAAAGGAUCCUCUCUGUUUCUCUCUCUCUCUCUGAGUUUACAAUUACAAAUUACAACUCUCUCUCUCUCUCUCUCUCUUUCGAAUUCUAUUUUCCUCUUUCUAAUUCGUCUUGCUAUUUUCUCCCGUUGUCUUCGGAUUUCCGGUGGUGGGUUUUUUUUUUUUUUUUUUAAUUUCUUUGUUGGUGUUUGUUUUUGUUGUCGGCUCUGUUUUUAGAGCUCAGAAACAGAGGGGGAAGUGUGGUGAAGGAGGAGCUCUUAAUUCGUAAUGGGUUGUUUUCGUUGCACCGGUUCAUCCAGCAAGAAAUCGGAGAAUAUCGAAGAAAACAACCCGAAUACCUUCAAUUCCAAAACCCACAAGCCCGAUGAUCGAAUGCCUUCAGAUAAAGCCAAAAUAAAUUCAAGUUUGGCAGUGAAAAGGGAUUCUGAUGUGAAGGUUGUUGUGUCUAAAGAUGACCAAUUGGCUUUAGAUGUUAAGGAAUUGAAUUUGAAAGAUGAGGUUUCUGAGGAAGGAGAAUCCAACGGCCGUGCCAAGACUUUUACAUUCGAAGAACUUGCAGCCGCCACUGGAAAUUUCCGGUCAGAUUGCUUCUUGGGUGAAGGAGGAUUUGGCAAAGUUUACAAGGGAUACUUGCAGAAAGUUAAUGAGGUUGUAGCAAUCAAACAACUUGACCGCAAUGGACUUCAAGGAAUUCGUGAAUUUGUUGUUGAAGUCUUGACUUUAAGUCUAGCUGAUCAUCCUAACCUCGUCAAACUUAUUGGCUUUUGUGCUGAAGGGGAUCAGAGGUUGUUGGUUUAUGAAUAUAUGCCAUUGGGAUCGUUGGAAAACCAUUUACACGAUCUUCGACCCGGUGCAAAAGUAAUUGAUUGGAACACAAGAAUGAAAAUAGCAGCAGGUGCAGCGAGGGGAUUGGAGUAUUUGCAUGAGAAGAUGAAGCCUCCGGUUAUAUAUCGUGAUCUGAAAUGCUCAAACAUUUUGCUUGGUGAAGGAUAUCAUCCAAAGCUAUCUGAUUUCGGGUUGGCUAAAGUAGGUCCUAGUGGGGAUAAAACCCACGUUUCAACCAGGGUUAUGGGCACAUAUGGGUAUUGUGCUCCAGAUUAUGCAAUGACAGGCCAGCUGACAUUCAAAUCAGAUAUUUACAGCUUUGGUGUUGUUUUAUUGGAACUCAUCACGGGCAGGAAGGCGAUCGAUCAUUCAAAACCUCAUUCAGAGCAAAAUCUUGUGGCUUGGGCACGACCCUUGUUUCGAGACCGGAAGAAGUUCUCACAAAUGGUUGAUCCAAUGCUCCAAGGACAAUAUCCUGUGAGAGGAUUAUACCAAUCUCUAGCCAUAGCCGCAAUGUGUGUUCAAGAGCAACCAAAUAUGCGACCGGUUAUAUCUGAUGUGGUAACCGCUUUAAACUACCUAGCGUCCCAGAAGUACGAUCCCCAAACUCAACCAAACCAAAGCUCCCAAAAGAGACCAUCUUCUCUUAAAAUGGAACGGGACAAUGAUACGAGGGAAACUUCAGACAACGACAGGUCAGAGAGAGAGUGAGGCAGGAGAGGAUACAUUGUAGAACGGAGCUGUUCAGAAGCAUUCUUAUGAAGUGCCUAGUUAUCAAUUUUUGUGUCAUAGAUGAUAACAGGUACCCUGCUAAGAUCCUUGAUCUUUCAGUAAAUUGGGUCAUAAGCUGAGAAUUUGUGCCCUUCUUUUUUGCUCUUUUUUUGGUCCUCCAAUGUAAAUGUGAGCCGAGGUUCUUUUGUAUGUAAAAUUGCCUCUUUAGGGGAACCAUGUUCCAAGUUAUAUAGUUAUAGCCAGAAAUUCCUUUCCCAAUAAUGACUUGGACUUUGCUUC